AUGAAGCCACAGUUCAAAGCCGAGGCUUUAAGGGCUGCAGAAGCCAGCGUUAAAAGAUCGUCUCUGUUAAUUUUGCGCAUGCGGAAGAGCAAUGGCAAUAGAGUGAUACAUUGCGACAAUCCCAUCCCUCAGGGCUUUGUCGCUAAACUUCACAGUGUGUUCUCCCAAGGCUUCGACAAUCAUUGA